ACUGAAAAGUAAAGAGAGAAAUUGAAUGAAGAAACGAGUCGUCGUGCCUAUAAUUACGAGUUAGGAGAGUUUCAUGGAAGUUUCAUCAAUGCGUUGAAGAAAUAAUUAAGCUGCUAAUUAAUCAAUCCCAUCGCCAUCGGUCUUUGGUGAUGUAAUAAUAAGAACUGUUAUAUAUUCUGUUGCCGCUUAACCAGCUUUCAGUAAUCGGACCUCCGUUCAAACCACCUAUCCAGUUUUCUGGUGAGCAACCAUAUAUGUUUGGAAAUUCCUACAAUACUUUGAAGUUAUGGUAACUUGAUGUUUUUGACCUGCUAUAACAGGUUUCACAAGUCGCAUUACGUAAAAUACAAUAGGCAUUACGUAAUGGUUACGUAAUGUGUGUUUAUCUUACGUAAUAGUUGAAAAAUGUCAUUACGGAAACCUUACGUAAUAGACACUCAUUUUACGUAAUGAAUAUUAAUCUUUCGUUACGUAAUCUGUUGAAUCAUUACGAAAGGUUUACGUAACACUUCUAAUUUAACUGUUACGUAAGAAAUAACUAUCGUUACGUAACCUUUACGUAAUAGAUGCAUACUUUACGUAAUAGUUUUAAAGUGGCAUUACGGAAGCCUUACGUAAUGGAUGGUCCUUUUACGUAAUGAUAUUAAUCAAGUUACGUAAUGUGGUAAGUCAUUGCAGAAGUCUUACGUAACACUUCUAAUUUAACUGUUACGUAAGAAAUAACCUUCGUUACGUAACCUUUACGUAAUGAGCGUGUAUUUUAUGUAACAGUUUUAAAAUGUCAUUACGGAAGCCUUAUGUAAUAGACGAUGCUUUUACGUAAUGAAGCAUUACGUAAUUGUUACGUAAUAAACAUUAGUUUUACGUAACGCGACCUACAAAACCUGCUAUAGCAGGUAAAAACGUCAAGUUAUAGUAAAUUCAAUGCAUGGUAGGAGGUCCCUAUAUGUUUAUGGGAUCCAACAUUCUGUAUACGAAAUGUUCUCUUUCAUUCUUUAGUUAAUCUCUGCUUCCAUUAUCAACUGUUGCAGCUGUGGAGCGGGACUAGAUACUACGACAACAUUCCUUGUGUUGUUAUUAUAACACUAAUCUCCAACAAAUAGGAAGUUAGGGUUGUGAUGACUUUUUAUUAAAUGAGUUGACCUAGUGUAAAAUCAAAGCAGGGGUAUAAUUGUCAUUAUGAAAAUAUGUUUGAAUAAUAAUAAAAAAAUAUAAAAAUAUAAAAAAAUAUUUUUUUAUUUUCAGCCCAAAAUUUUGGUCGCCGGAAACUGGUCGCCGGUCACCGGAAUAUUCCACUAUCGCCGGAAUAUGCUCACCGCGGUAGGAAUAUUCUUUCCGGCGUCGGAAUCUAGUCAUCGGGGCCGGAAUAUGCCUAUCGGCGUCGGAAUCUGCUGACUGACGGUCACCGGAGUUCGGUCAACGCUCAACGAUCAACGACCACCGGAUGUAUGGUCUACAUUGUGAGAUUUAUGGUUUGGUUUCUCAUAUUUUCGUAUGCCUUUUGUGGUUUGCUUUAUCGUGUUUGUGGUUUGCAUUGAGAAGUUUAUGGUUUGAUUUAUCGUGUUUGUGGUUCGCAUUGAGAAGUUUCUGGUUUGCUUUCAAAAAUUUUGUGGUUUGCAUUGAGUGGUUUCUGGUUUGUUUUAAUAUAUUUGUGGUCUGCAUUAGAACGUUUAUGGUUUGCUUUUUUAUGGUUUGAUUUACUGUGUUUGUGGUUUGCAUUAGGAGGUUUCUGGUGUGCUUCGCAAAUGUUGUGAUUUGCUUUGUGAGGUUUGUGGUUUGCUUUCGGAAUAUUUGUAGUAUGCUUUGUGGGGUUUCUGGUUUGCUUUAUUGUGUUUCUGGUAUGCAUUAAGAAGUUUAUGGUGUGCUUUCGAAAAUUUUAUGGUUUGAUUUGUGGGGUUUCUCGUUUGUUUUAAUUGAUUUUUGGUCUGCACUAGGAGGUUUGUGGUUUGCUUUUUUGUGGUUUGCUUUACGGCUUUUGUGGUUUGCAUUAUGAAGUUUCUGGUAUGCUUUCAAACAUUGUGUGGUUUGCUUUGUGGGACCUCUGGUUUGUUUCAGGCAAAAUGUUGUACGUAUUAGGAGAUUUCUGGUAUAAUUUCCAUACCACUGUGAGUUCCAAAAGAAAUUGUAAUAUUCAGCCAAGGACUUCAGAUACCAAAAGAAAUUGCGAGCACCAGACCACACAUCCAUGUAAAAGAAAAGUAAAAGGAUAAUAAGGAUAUUAUCAUUAUGUCAUCUCUUUUGCUGAGAAAGCCACGAAACAACAAACUAUCAUGAAUGGAACCCCACUACAAAGAUCAACAAGCAGCACAGAACCUUGCCAGACUUUUGCUAUUGCGUUGUUGUUGCCAUGAGAGCUCCAAUCAGAGCAAGAGCUUAUUUUAAUAUCUACACCCUAGUCCAAAAACUCAUCAGAAUUCCAACAGCUCCUUAUUCCUUUUCACAUAUAUAUCUCUUCUAUAUACAUUCAGCACAAAGUCUCUCCCCUUUUGAAACCAAACAUAAUUUGGCUUCUUAUUCCUGUUUUCCGUGAUUAGCUCUGCACCUUGCGAGCUCCUUCCCGCCGCCGGCUUGGAGCUGCAGCAACAACCGAAGAUAUACACCAAUUGGUACGCCGGCAAUGACAGAUCCAUGAUUCUCGCCAAUUGUAUCUUCCACUCUGGGUGCGCGAUUCAAGCAGAAGGGGGCCCGGGCAUUAAGGAAAAAUCCUCGGUCGGGUAUUCUUGACCGGGGAUUAAUCCCCCUGUCCUCGACGGUGCGUUUCAACAAUCCCCGGUCGCCACCUAAAAUACCCGACCGGGUAUUCUGACCGGGGAUCACGAACGCAGGCUGCUAAAGCCUGUUUUGUGCGUUUUUGCAAGAGGGAGCUGGAUUUUGGAUCCCAAACACCCAAGGGACGAACCCAAGAGAGAGAGAGGGCGAUUUGAGGGCAAUCUUGGAGUGGAAUUGGAGGAUUUCUUCCCCUUGGAACUUCGAGGAACAAGCCCGGACUUGAAGGCUGAUCAUCUGAAGAUUCUUACUGCAGUCUCUCUCUUCUCUAUGGAGUAACUUCCCUUCACUUAGGUUUUGAGGAACCCUAGCUAUGUUUGUUUGAUUGGAUGAUUGUAUGAGUACUCCUACUUGAUAAUCUUGAGUUCAUAGUCAAUCUAUGCAUGUUUUCAUGAUUCAAUUCUGCUUUAGUCGAGAUUAUUGAUUAUGCUUUGAUCCUAUGAGAGCAAACACCUGAUUAGGUCAAUAGAGCACCAUAGAUUGAUAGUAUUGGAUCGGUUGCUUUAGUCGAGGGUUGAUUCACUACUUUGUAUCUAUAGAGAACCCUUUUGAUAGAGGGAUUCUACUUCAGAACGCCUUGAUCGGUUGUUCUAGAGAAGGAUACGUCCCUCUAGGCAAUGGCCUCAAGAGGGCCUUAUUCCUUUAGUCGAGACUCAAGGUCUAGUCAAGGAUUCUCCGCAUUGUGAAUGAAAGUGAAACAUGUUAGAGAUCAUCAAUCAUUAAUCUGGCUAGUGGCUAGGGGGAAUCAUACCUAAGUGAGUUCCCAACCUGUAAUUAGAUUAACUUUAACUGUAGUUUGUUAGAGUAGUUUUAGUUGUUCCAUCUUAAUCUGGUUUGCUAGAUAAUGAACCAUGGAUUCGAUAUUUAUUACUUGAGCCACUAUACUGCAGUCCCUUUCAUUGGUUACACUUGGCCAUUGUUAGGAGUUGUGUCAUAGCGAGUCAACAAGCUUGCUUCAGUGGCAAGUACAACCCGAAAAGGGCAAAACGUAAAAAAAAAAACAUAAGAACAGGUACCAAAAGGUAAUUGUCUAUCCGAUCUUUCCUUUUCCUGAAACGAUGUCGCUCCAGCUCCGAGAUUGUUUCUCUUGACUUGGUGAAACGUCAUCGUUGCAAGGUUGACUCCCUUGACUUGACGAAGCGAUGUCGUUGCUGCUUUGAGGUGAAACGUCGUCGUCGCUGCGAAGAUGGAAUGGAGAAGAAUUAAAAUGUCUUGACUUCUUCUCUGGUAGCUAGCAUUAAUUUUUCCCUCAAAAUAUUCAUGGUCAUGACUAUUAGUGUUGUGGUAUAUGAUCCACGAUUGAACCUCUCCCAACAACUCGAGUUAUUGGGAUCAACUGGUUCUUGACAUGGUAUCAGAGCCUUCUGUGACCAAGAGGUCUUGUGUUCGAUUCCCGGUGACCCCUAUUUGUUAAGCACAUGGUAUUCUUGUCUUCAGACCUGUGAAAACUUCAAGCCCUUGUGAGUGGCUUUCGUUUGAGGGGGCGUGUUAGUGUUGUGGUAUAUGAUGUAGUAUAUGUAACCGGUCCGUACAAUACGACCGAGGUCUACUUAGUGCAACUUCUUACACGUACUGCUAGCCGAGCAGCUAGUUUUCGUCAUCCAUCUUAAUCAUACGAUCUCCUCCCAUCAAACUUCGCGUAGGUUUACCCUCAACCUGCCAUCCCAUCUUAAUCAGUAACUUGGAUGAUUUGGUUCUCGAGGACGCGUAGGAAGAACUAAAAAAUUGAAGAAAUUUAAAUAAAUAUACUAGUAGUCACAUGUGGAUGUGAUUGCACAAAUGCAUGUGUCGAUCGAUGUCCCGCACCGCAAGAUUACUGACAUUUUCAGCUUAAUAAUUAGUGCCAGAAAAUCUAACAGUCUUUUAAUUAAACUCCUUAAUACAUGCAUUUAAGACCCGAUGGCGAUGGCCGAUUAUGGGUUGAUUAAGUAGCAGCAGCUUCAUGAAGCUCAAACGCAUUGCGAAACUUCCAUGAAACUGCAUGCAGACUCUCCAUCGUAUUUCUUGGUGUGUGUUGACGAACAACAGUGACGACUAAUCUUCCUUCGUGUGUGGUCACAUGAUGAUAUGGUUAAUUAAUAGCUGGCGAUAUGGUCACAUAUAAUUCUCUAUAAAUAAACAACUCAUCAUCAUCAUCAUCAUCUGAGUCAACUAAAGCGCCCAUUUCCAUAAUCUCUAGCCCUACGAUGGCGCUGGAAACUGGCCGCCGACGUUGGUGGUUCCGAUUCUUCGUCGCGACCUUGUUUGCUGCGACGGCGGUGGGGCGGUGUAGUUGUACUAAUAACACGACGGCGGUGAACGUAGGGGUGAUUCUGGACUUGAAGAGGACUGACUUCGCCGGGCAGGUGUGGCUGAGCUGCGUGGAAAUGGCGGUCUCGGAGUUCUACGCUUCCCACCCGAACUACACCACCCGCGUCGUCAUCAACACCAGGGAUUCCCGCAGAGACGACGUCGUUCAAGCUGCUGCAUCGGCCCUGGAUUUGAUAAAGAACGUGCAGGUCCAAGCUAUCCUCGGCCCAGACACAUCGAUGCAGGCCAACUUCCUCAUCCCGCUGGGAGAAAAAGCCCAAGUCCCCAUCGUCUCCUUCUCCGCGACAAGCCCAACCCUCGCUUCCAUCGGCAGCCCGUACUUCUUCCGCGCCACACAAAAUGACUCCACCCAAGUCAACGCCAUCGCCGCCAUAGUCAAGGCCUUCGGCUGGCGUCAGGCAGUCCCGAUCUACGUCGACGACGCCUUCGGCCAAGGCAUCGUCCCUUCUUUGGUCGACUCCCUCGAAGCCGUCGACGCCCGCGUCCCUUACCGCAGCGCCAUUUCGCCGUCCGCCACCGACGACCAAAUCGGGCAAGAACUCUACAAGCUCAUGACCAUGCAGACUCGCGUCUUCAUAGUCCACAUGUCUCCCGAUCUCGGCCCCAGGCUAUUCGCCAAGGCCAAAGAAGUUGGGAUGAUGUCGGCAGGUUACGUGUGGAUCGUAACCGACGGGAUCGCCGUCUUCUUGGAUUCCGUCGACCCUUCCGUUGUUCUCCACUCCAUGCAAGGCGUGUUGGGAGUCAAACCGCACGUGCCGCGAUCAAAGGAGGUCCGAAACUUUAGGGCACGUUGGAAGAGGAAGUUCCGGCGAGACCACCCGGAGAUUCCCGAUGCCGACCUCAACAUUUACGGUCUGUGGGCGUACGAUGCCACGUGGGCACUAGCAAUGGCGCUCGAGAAAACUCAUGCUAAUGGCCGAGGAGCCACAACCUUCAGUUUCGUAAACAACAACAAUGUCAUCACCACCAGUAACUCAACAACAACCGACCUGGAAAGGAUUGGUGUGUCGGGUAACGGCCCGAAUCUAGUUCGGGAGUUGUCGAGGACGAGAUUCGCUGGUCUCUCCGGCGAGUUCGUGAUGGAGGCCGACGGGCAGUUGCGAGCGUCGGCUUACGAGGUUGUGAAUGUGAAUGGGAACGAAGAUAGAGUUGUUGGGUUCUGGACACCUGGCAAGGGGGGGCUGGCUAGAGAGCUGAUGAAGAACUCGUGGACGGCGCCGGAAGCGAGUUCGACGUCGACGAGCCUGAGGAAGUUGAUAUGGCCGGGGGAUAGCGCCACGUCGCCGAAAGGGUUUGAGAUCCCGACGAAUGGGAAAAGGCGGCUGAGGAUAGGAGUCCCCGUGAAAAGCGGUUUCAGGGAGUUCGUCUCCGUGACUACCGAUUCCGAGACCAACGAGACGACCGCGGUGACCGGCUACUGCAUGGAUGUUUUCGAAGCUGUCGUCGAGAAGCUGCCGUACGUGCUUCCCUUUGACUACGUGCCUUUUGCCAACCCUAGCGGGGAAAAAAACGGGACCUACGACGACCUAGUUUAUCAGGUCUUUUCAGGGAACUUGGACGCGGUGGUCGGAGAUAUCACCAUCAUCGCCAAUAGGUCAAACUACGUUGACUUCACGCUGCCGUAUACGGAGUCGGGAGUGUCGAUGGUGGUGCCGGUGAGGCCGGACGGGAGCAAGAACGCGUGGUCGUUCUUGAAGCCGUUGACGUGGGAUCUUUGGGUGACGACGUUCUUGUUCUUCCUGUUUAUUGGGUUCGUGGUGUGGGUAUUGGAGCACAGAGUCAGUGAGGAUUUCAGAGGCCCGCCUUCACAUCAAGCCGGAACUAGCCUCUGGUUCUCCUUCUCCACCAUGGCCUUCGCUCAACGACAAAACGUGGUGAGCAACCUGGCGAGGACGGUGGUGAUAAUAUGGUGCUUCGUGGUGUUGAUCAUCAUCCAGAGUUACACGGCCAGCUUCACGAGCCUCCUGACGGUGCAGCGGCUGCAACCCACGGUGACGGACAUGAACGAGCUGGUGAGAAAGGGGGAGUUUGUUGGGUACCAGGAAGACACGUUUGUGGCGAGCCUGCUGAAACGAUUGGGGUUCCGCGAAGACAGGCUUGUGAGUUACGACAGCAUCGAGACUUUCGAUUCGCUCUUCAAGCAAGGGAAGAUCGUGGCGGCGUUCGAUGAGGCUCCCUACAUCAAGCUCAUCUUGGCCAAGCGUUGCUCCGACUACAUGAUGAUCGAUCCCACUUUCAAAACGGACGGCUUUGGCUUCGUCUUUCCUAAAGGCUCCCCACUAGUUCCAGACAUUUCAAGAGCGAUCCUGAACGUAAAUGACGGAGAUGAAAUGACCAGAAUCGAAGAAGCGUGGUUUGAUAAGGACAGCAAGUGCCCCGAAUCUAGCACCUCCUCGCUUUCUUCAGGGAACCAGCUUUGUUUAAACAGCUUCUGGAGCCUGUUUCUGAUUGCAGGUGUGGCCGCAGUUUCAGCGCUCUGCAUUUUUGCUAUCAUGUUCAUUUACGAGCACAGGAAGCUUUUGUUUCCCUCAGAAGACGAUUUACAUUCGAACCCUUCAUUAUGGAGAAGGGUUAUGAAUCUGUUCAAGACUUUCGAUGAGAAAGACCUCAAUUUCCAUACUUUCAGGGAUGACAGAGUUGGCAAUAACGAGGUUCAUCUUGUCGAUUUGAAUGUGAUGGCGAGCCCUUCCACGUUUUCAGUGGAGACGACGGAGUUUCCUGCGGGAUUAUCCCAAACACCCAGUACUCCGCCGCUAGAUUCUCCGUUGGAGUUGCCUGAAAACGCAGAGGCUCGGGAAGGAGGAGUUAUUGCUACUUCUGAUGGUGAAAUUACAACAAGUCAUGUGUUUUAGUUAUUGGUAUUUGUUUUUGAGGUUGUGAAUUAGGGGAGUGGGAUUAGGACGUGGAUUCAUGGGGGUUAAUAAAUUAAAGUGGACUGUUUUAUUAAUUAUUGUUUCUGACAUGCCGCCGGCAGGGUGAUUAGUCGGCAAUGGUUUUAUUGUACUUAGAAGCAUAUAAAGGAUGAUUGUAGAACUAAAUGGUUGUGUUUGUUUCAGCUUUUCUUUAAAUUUGGAGAUUUUUUUUUAAGUUUGGCAUAAAAGUAUGUUUGGUAGGGGAGUAAAAAAAAAUAGAAGGUAUUUGAUGGCGUGGAAUUAUUUUUUUAAUUAAUAGAAAAUUAUUUAAAUUAUUAACAGACUAAUCGAUUACGACCAUGCUUAUAAUUAGGGUCAAACAUAAUAUAUCUUCAUGAGGAGCAGGCAUAGGCCAAAAAUAAUGUGAUAUGUUUGAA